AUGCAUAGCCAACUUUAUUCAGAGCAUCAGACACUUUAUACUCUGAAGGUUAAGGAGAGUCACAUGAGCAAAGUGUACAGUCACAAGGACAAGCUGAACGUGGCAGACAAGCCACACUCUUUAGAAAGGAAAUUACUCAGGAUAAUCUCUCAGAAAGAUGCAUUCCACUCCUUUUUUCAACACUUCAGCUAUAACCGCAUGAUGGAGAAAGUUAACAGUUAUGUGAAUUGUGUGCUAAAUGAAAAAUCAUCAACUUUUCUAAUAAAGGCAGCAACCAAAGUAGUGGAAAAUGAGAGAGCAAGAGCAGUCGCUGCUGAGGAGAAGCCCAGGGCUGCUAAUACUGAGACAGAGAAGGAGGUGGAUUUGCAUAAAGGAAAAAGUGUUAAUGGCCAACAGUCUACAGAAACUGAAUCUUUAGUGGAUACAGUAUCAGUAAUAAGGUCUCACAAGAACGUCAUAUCUAAGUUGAAACAUGGAAGCAGUCGACCAGAUUUUAAUAAGAAAGAAGCAAGAAUGGGAAAUCUUCAAAGUGAAAUAACAACAGAAGAAAACAGAAGAACCAUUAGAAGCAACAGACUAUGUAGUUCAAAGAAUCAGCCAGACACUGAUGAAAAACACAAGCGUAAGAAAAAACAGGCGUGGCUUUGGGAAGAGGACAGAUUUUUGAAGUGUGGUGUAAAGAAAUAUGGAGAGGGAAAUUGGGCUAAAAUACUAUCACAUUAUAAGUUCAACAACCGAACAAGUGUCAUGUUAAAAGACAGGUGGAGAACAAUGAAGAAACUAAAGCUGAUUAACUGAGACACUGAAGGCUGAAUGGGUUUGUUUCCACUUAGCACAAGGACAGUUAAAUACUUGAAGCACUACAUUUUGUUUACAACUUUCUGGUCACUGAUGUAGCUUCACUUUUUUGUUGAAAGCAUUAUUUUUUUGUGAUAGUUUUGUUAUAAAUUGGUACUGUAAAGGUAAAAUUAUAUGUCAUCAUUGUUUUCUUCAAGAAUCUUUAUUUUUAUAAAAUACAGAUAUGUUGAACCCUAUCAAAUUCAGUACCCCAUCCCGCAUCCUGACAUACAGAAAUAAGAGCCUGAUAAGAUAAAAAGUAUUUACUUACGGCUAUUUCUGUUUGCUCUGUUCCAUGUCUGUAGAUUUACAAAAUGCCACAUGGAAAUUGAUAUUCUCAAGAAUUGAAGGAUACUCCUUUGUGAUUUUGUUGCUUGGUUUAUGGCUAAUAUACUGCUUACUGAAGAUUUUAUUACUGUUGUGAUGAAUGUUCAGAACAAUCCAAAGUUCUGACAAGCUUGAUUCUCUCAGUAGUUUCAUUUAAAGGAAGUUGGGUUUUCACCAACAAUUUAUUCUUCAGAAUAUUUAGUUAAGGGUAAUAAUUAGCAUUUUGAGUUUUAUGUGCUGUAUUUAGCUAGUGAAUAAAAAUCUCACCCUAUUGAAAUAUUUACAUUAGAAACAGGGUAUUGUGUAAUAUCUCUAAUUUUCUAUCAAAGUGUCAUGUUUUAUUUUCCUGUUGUUCUGAAUUUAUGUUAUCCUAUUUAUCUAAUAAACAGUAACAUUACUAAUUGCUGUGUGCCUCCUAACCCAGUAGCUCCCACCAUGUUUACCCAGUGACCAUGUUUACCCAGGAUGCUGGCAACUUGGGUCAAAGUAAGCAUCUAAGUCCACCUCACUCUAAACAUAGUUCAUUAAUCAUCAAAUCUAAAUUGCUAUAAAUUGCUAUUAUAAAAU